GGGACGCAGACACGGGGGAUCUGCUCCUCUCACCACGGGAGGCAGCCCGCCGCCUGAGCACGGAGUCCCGGCCGCGGCCGGCAGCCAGCUCCGGGUCCCGCAGGACUGUUUCUGAAUCGCAGUCCUGCAAGAAGAAAAUCAUUUUGGUUUAAGUUGAACAUUUGUCUCUAGCAAAAGACAACAGCUAUGCCAGUGCUAUCGGAAGAUUCAGGAUUGCAUGAGACUUUGGCCCUGUUGACAUCUCAACUAAGACCUGAUUCAAAUCACAAAGAAGAAAUGGGAUUCCUUAGAGAUGUCUUCAGUGAAAAAAGUCUGAGUUAUCUAAUGAAGAUUCAUGAAAAGCUCCGCCAUUAUGAAAGACAGAGUCCAACCCCUGUUUUACAUAGUGCAUCAGCUUUAGCUGAGGAUGUAAUUGAAGAAUUGCAGACUACACCAGUGAAUAAUGAGGAAAAAGAGCUGCUUCAGCUAUUGUCAACACCACAUCUUCGGGCAAUGCUUGUAGUACAUGAUACUGUUGCCCAGAAGAACUUUGACCCGGUCCUUCCCCCCCUGCCAGACAAUAUUGAUGAUGAUUUUGAUGAAGAAUCAGUUAAAAUUGUUCGUCUAGUGAAGAAUAAAGAGCCUUUGGGUGCCACCAUCAGAAGGGAUGAGAAUACAGGGGCUGUGAUUGUAGCAAGAAUCAUGAGAGGCGGUGCAGCUGACCGCAGUGGUCUUGUCCAUGUUGGAGAUGAGCUAAAAGAAGUCAAUGGGAUUGCUGUGCUUCACAAACGACCAGAAGAAAUUAGUCAGAUUUUGGCUCAAUCUCAGGGAUCAAUAACAUUAAAAAUAAUUCCAGCCAUCAAAGAAGAAGAUCGUCUGAAGGACAGCAAGGUAUUUAUGAGGGCACUCUUCUGCUAUAAUCCAAAAGAGGACAAAGCCAUUCCCUGUCAGGAGGCAGGGUUGCCGUUUAAGAGGAGACACAUCUUAGAAGUUGUGAGCCAGGAUGAUCCAACAUGGUGGCAAGCAAAGCGUGUUGGUGAUAACAACCUCAGGGCAGGAUUGAUCCCUUCAAAACAGUUCCAAGAAAGGCGUUUGAAUUAUAGAAGAACUAUAGGCACUCUGCAAAACUCCAAAACUGUAAAGAAGCCAUUAUAUGAUCAGUCUUCUGAGAAAGAAGAUUGUGACUGUGAGGGAUAUUUCAAUGGACAAUAUAUAGCUGGUUUGCGGAGGAGCUUUAGGUUAAGCCGAAAGGAGAAACACAACAACCAGAAUCAGGCAAAGCAAGCAGACAUAUCCGAGUUCCUAACAUAUGAAGAAGUCACUAAAUAUCAGCAUCAGCCGGGAGAAAAGCAGAGACUGGUAGUUUUGAUUGGUUCUUUGGGAGCCAGACUAAAUGAGCUCAAACAGAAAGUUGUGUCAGAGAAUCCACAGGAGUAUGGUGUUGCAGUUCCACAUACAACACGGUCAAAGAAAAGUCAUGAAAAAGAGGGAGUGGAAUACAAUUUUGUCUCUAAGCAAUCAUUUGAGAUAGAUGUACAGCAUAACAAAUUUGUUGAACAUGGAGAAUACAAAGAGAAUCUGUAUGGAACAAGCCUCGAGGCAAUCCAAUCUGUUAUGGCCAAAAAUAAAGUUUGUUUGGUGGAUGUGGUACCCGAAGCAGUAAAGCACCUGAGAACACCAGAGUUUAAACCAUAUGUUAUAUUUGUGAAGCCUCUUGUUCCAGAAAAGAAAAAAAAUGCACCAUCUCCAGCUUCAGAAGAAAUCUCAGCCCCACUUGAUGAAGAACAGCAGGACAUUAUUAAUUCAGCAGCAUUUAUCGAAGACCAGUAUGGCCAUUUAAUUGACACUGUGCUGCUGAAAGAAGACCUCCAGAGUGCCUAUAAUCAGUUGAAAACUCUGCUAGAGAAGCUGAAGGAGGACUCAUUUUGGGUGCCAGUGAGUUGGGUUAGAUCAUAACCUGCUCUCACAUGUCAAAAGGAAAGCCUAUAUAAAAUGUAUUGUAAAUAUAAGGAUUAUACGAGGGAACAUGUCAGCUGCACUCCAAUACUGCCAGCUUGUCUAGAAAGUAACAUGAAAAUGUCAUAUCAGUUAAACUAGACAAACCCAUCAGUCAGACGCUGACAUGGGGUUCCUGAACCACAGUUUUUAGUAGUGUCAUUUAAAAUGUUGAGUGCUCGAUGUAGAUUGAUUGAUUGGUAAAAUUUUAGUGAUUUUUAAGCUUUGUAAAUACUUUGUGAUGUAGAGUGAAACUUCACCUACCGGGGCAGCUCUAGCCAUUUCACCGCCCCA